AUGAACAUUGAAUUUUUCCAGAAACCUCCAAGCCAUCUCUCCACAGAUUCUGCGGUCUCCAUCUUUUUCUAUGAGUUCCAGCAUCGACCCAGUUCUUUUGCGAAGAUCAGGCCGGCCUGGGUGCGGGCUGAUCAUGGGGCUGAGAAGACCUUCAUCUUCGGGGGUCCUUUCCUCAUGGAUGAGAGCUCCAUGCUGGAAGCCACAGGGGAGGAGCAGGAGCUGAGCCUCACCAUGAUGGCCCAGUGGACCCACUUCUCCUGGACAGGGUGCCUUGCAUACCAAGGAGCCUCUAGUGGUUACCAAAUAUGGGACCCUCCAAGAAAGCAGGUACACGUGGGGAAGACACCCAUCAAUGCCUUCCUAGGAGUUCCCUUCUACAGACCUCCUGUGGGUGCCUGCAAGUUCACUGCCCCAGAACCCCCAGAGCCCUGGGAAGGAAUCAGAGAUGCUACCACCUAUGCCCCAGUGUAAGAGCCAGAGGACUGUCAGCUGGGAUGUGGGCAGACCCUGAGGAAGGCGGUGAACCUAUGCCUGCCUCUGGGCCGGGGUUUGAACAACCCACUGAAAAGAGUGCUCUGUGUGGCCACAGGAAGUCCUGGCAACCAUUCUGGGCCUCAGUUUCCAGACCUAUAUAAUGAAGUGGCUGGUCCAGAUGGUGUUUAAGGCACUGAUAAUGCUGUUCUUGAUUCUCUCAUGGGAGAGCUCCAGGCAAGGAGGAGAUGCAUACUGACUGUGCCCCGAGGACCUGCUGGGGAGCUGAGUUUCCCUAAAUGUGUGUGAGGAGCAGUAACACACACACACACACACACACACACACACACACACGGAGUGAACCCUGAGCUCUUCCCUCUUCCUUGGUGCUUGAACCUAAGAACAAGCCCACGUGGCACCACCAGCCCUUCCCCGCAGAAGGAGGCCAAAAUGGGGAGGGCAUGGGCUCAGUUUCAGUUUUAAUGUCCCAGGGUCUCAGUGCAACCUCUAGCUGGGCUCAAGCCCUGAAUCACAUGAGCAUGUUGGGACAAUGGCUGCCCUUUGACGCACUGGGCUUGGCAGUUUACCAAGAACAAGUGUAUUUACUGUUUACAUAGACCAUUGAGUAACCCACUGUCCAGAACAUUCUGUGGUGAACAUUAACAAUGUUCAGCAUCAGUUGGAUAAAGUAUUGGCUUUAGAAAAAUGUCUACUGUGAGAACCUGGGUGUCAGGUGAUAUAGAAAACUACAACUACCACACUGGAUGUCUAGUUGUUAAAAACACGGUGUCCACUGUUAUUUUUUUUUUUUAUUUUUAUUUUUUGCGGUACGCGGGCCUCUCACUGUUGCGGCCUCUCCCGUUGCGGAGCACAGGCUCCAGACGCGCAGGCUCAGCGGCCAUGGCUCACGGGCCCAGCCGCUCCGCGGCAUGUGGGAUCUUCCCGGACCAGGGCACGAACCCGCGUCCCCUGCAUCGGCAGGCGGACUCUCAACCACUGUGCCACCAGGGAAGCCCCAAAACACGGUGUCCACUGUUAGAACAUGAUUGACUGUUACUAGAACACUGGCAUGUUGGUUGUUAAAACACUGGCCAUCACUGAGAGAAACCAAGGAAUUCUGAACAUUGUGUGACUGUUAUUUGGAACUCCAUGGAUCAGGUGACAGAAGAUGGAAUAACCAUUGUUAGAACCCUGAGGAUCAGGGGUUUAGAGAUUGGGGUGUCCCUUGCAUAGAAGUCUGGGUGUCAGUUGUUGGAGCAUGGGCCAUGAGCUGUCAGACAUUGGCUGUUUGGAACACAGAGUGUUAGAUGUAAGAAUGUGUGGAUGGCUUAGAACAGACUGUGGGGUGGCAAUUAAGUGGGGAACAGGGAGAGAGGAAGCUGUUACAGAGAUGGUGGCUUCCACCAGAGUAGUUACAGUGGAGGUGGUGGGAAUGGUCAGGCUCCAGAUUUAUUUUGAAGGUAAAAUUGACAGGAUUUGCUAGAGAAUUGGAUGUGAGCCACGAGGGAAGAAGAAUAAUCAAGGAUAAUAACUAGUUUCAGGGCAGAGCAGCAAGGGGAAUAGAGGUACAAUUUACUGAAAUGGAGAAGACUAGAUCAAGAGCAGGUUUGGGCAAAACAAGAGUUCAUUUGGGGGCGUGUUAAGUUUGACAUGUCUAAUAGAUAUCCAUGUAGAGAUGUGGGGUAGGUAGUCUGGAUAAAUGGAGCUGGAAGGAGACUGGUCAUCAGCAGGUUAACAGUGUGAAGCCCUAGGCCUGAAGGACAGCAGCUCAGGAAAGAAUAAUCAGCAUGAAAAGAGAAAUGAGGGUUGAGGCCUGGGGCGCUCUCCAGCUUAGGCCAGGAAGAAGAGGAGGUGUGAGGUGGCAGAAAAAUCAGGAGAGUGGGAUUACAGAAGCCCAGAGAAGGAAAGCUGUUCAAGAAGGAGAGUGUGGUCAACCAUGUAGAGGGGCUACCAGGGCAAGUAAGAUGAUGAGAGAGAUUUAGCAAGAUGGAAGUCACUGGUGACCUGGACGAAAAUGGCUUUGGUGGCGGGUUGGGGACAGCUGCCUCAAAUGCUUAUAACCCCUGUUCUAGGCUGUAAGAGGCCUGGCUUUCCUGCUGGGAUGCUGCAUGUGAUUUAUUGGACAGCAUCCUAACGACAUUAGCUGCUGCCGAGAGGUCAAGUAAGGAAGGCCGAAGACAAUCUGUAGAGACAGAGACAAGCUGCCUGCUCGUGACCUUGGAGAGGCUGGUGGGGGCGGAGGGAAGGACAACUUGUUGAAACAUUUGGCCUUGAGGGGAAGAGAGAGAUAGCAUAGUUGUUGAAGAAGGUGGCUGGUAGAGGAUAGGUUUGGACCAAGGUAUGUUGAAGUGCUGUUGGGAAGACUGAAAGGGAGCAGGUGAUGCUCUAGGGUUAGGGAGGUGGGAGUGGAUUACACCUAUGUUCACACACACAUACACACACUGAAGACAGGCUGGGACAAGAGAAAGGAACAGAGGAAUAGGUAGACAGUGAUUCCUGCAUUCAGUCAAAUGGGCCCAGCCCCAGCUGUUAUAAGAAUAGCCACCCUCAGGGCUGGGCCAGCAGGGAGAAAAGGCAAGGUGGACCAAUAGCCUAAGUUCCAUAAGUAUACCAGAUGUCCACACAGUGCAAGGCACAGGGCCAAGUGCCAGGAAUCAGAUGAAUACACCUACAUCCCUGCCCUUUGGGAGUAAAAACAACCAAUCAAAAUAACUCCAACCCGGUAUUGUAGUCAAUGGUGGAUAGAGCUUUGGGAAGCACAGAGGGGAAAGUGCCCAGCAGGGGGCGCACCACUUAAGCUGGACCUUAAAUGUGAGUAGGAGUUUGCUGGGCCGAGGAGAAGGCAUUUGGUAGACAGAACAGAAGUACAGGGGCUUGCAGGUGAGAGGCAAGGGGUCAUGUGUAUUUGGAACAAAGAAUGGCUGGGAAGGAGAUGGAAAGGAGGGCCUAGGUCAGUGUGGGUGCAUGAGGGCAGGAGGAGCCAGGGAAGGUAAUGAGGAGGGGAAUGACAUGGUCAGAUUUGUGUUGUCUAUCAAUCUCUCUGGCCAGCAUGUGGAGGAUGAGUUGCAGGGGAGAUGAAGAGGCAGGGGCAGAGUCCUGACCAGAGUGGUGGUGGCCUUCACAGGGCAGCAGCCCUGAGAUGGACAGAGGGGGCCUAUUCAAAGGUUGUUUGUGAGGCAGAACAGAGACUGAGUGGAGGACAGGGCAUGAAGGAAAGGAGGUGCCCAGGGCACCCAGGUUUAUGGCUUGACAGCACCAAUGUGUCUCCAGCAGGAGCAGGGAACCGCUUCCCAAGCAGACCCAUAAGGCAAGGCACAGGCAGGGGGUGCCAACCUGCCUCCCAUCCCUGGACCUAACGUUGGUGAAGGCUGCUAGGACACGGAUACACACACGCACACACAUACACACAUAUUGCCUGGAUUUUGCUUUGGGUUCUGGCCCCUCACUGCAGAACCUGGGUUGAAACCACUCUCCCCACUAUUC